CGGGCGUCUUGCAAUUCUAGGGACCGUGAGAUGGAAGUGGCUGCUGCAUAAGAGGGAAGCACGAAGGUAGAAGCCGCCGCCCGCGUCCAGUCCAUUCCGAGACCAUCUCCGCUGCUGCAGUGCGGCCCUAUAGGAGCGUCCGGCCCCGCCGUCCCCCGGUAUAAUCAUGUUUGAAAUUAAGAAGAUCUGUUGCAUUGGAGCAGGUUUUGUUGGAGGACCCACGUGUAGUGUCAUUGCACACAUGUGCCCUGAAAUUAGGGUCACAGUUGUUGAUGUUAACGAAUCUAGAAUCAAUGCAUGGAAUUCGGCCACACUCCCAAUUUAUGAGCCAGGACUAAAAGAAGUGGUUGAAUCUUGUCGGGGAACGAAUCUCUUUUUUUCUACCGAUAUUGAUGCUGCCAUCAAAGAGGCUGAUCUUGUGUUUAUUUCUGUUAAUACACCAACAAAAACUUACGGAAUGGGAAAAGGUCGUGCAGCAGAUCUGAAGUAUAUUGAAGCUUGUGCUAGACGGAUUGUACAGAACUCAAAUGGGUACAAAAUUGUGACUGAGAAAAGCACUGUCCCAGUUAGAGCAGCAGAAAGUAUACGGAGGAUAUUUGAUGCAAACACAAAACCCAACUUGAACUUACAGGUGCUCUCCAACCCUGAAUUCUUAGCAGAGGGCACAGCAAUCAAAGACCUAAAGAACCCUGACUGGGUACUAAUUGGUGGCGAUGAAACCCCAGAGGGACAGAAAGCUGUCUGUGCCCUGUCUGCUGUAUAUGAACACUGGGUCCCCAAAGAAAAGAUCCUCACAACCAAUACUUGGUCUUCAGAGCUUUCUAAAUUGGCAGCUAAUGCUUUUCUUGCCCAGAGAAUCAGUAGCAUUAAUUCUAUCAGUGCCCUGUGUGAAGCAACAGGAGCUGAUGUAGAAGAGGUUGCAACGGCCAUUGGGAUGGACCAGAGAAUUGGAAAUAAGUUCCUGAAGGCCACUGUUGGCUUUGGUGGGAGCUGUUUUCAGAAAGAUGUUUUAAAUUUAGUUUAUCUCUGUGAAGCUCUGAAUUUGCCUGAAGUAGCACGUUAUUGGCAGCAGGUAAUAGACAUGAAUGACUACCAGAGAAGGAGGUUUGCAUCUCGGAUUAUUGAUAGUCUGUUUAAUACGGUUACUGAUAAGAAGAUAGCUAUUUUGGGAUUUGCAUUCAAAAAGGACACUGGAGACACAAGAGAAUCCUCUAGUAUCUACAUAAGCAAAUACUUGAUGGAUGAAGGGGCACAUCUCCAUAUUUAUGAUCCUAAAGUACCAAGGGAACAAAUAGUUGUAGAUCUCUCUCAUCCUGGUGUUUCAGAGGAUGACCAAGUGUCCCGAUUGGUGACCAUCACAAAGGAUCCAUAUGAAGCAUGCGAUGGAGCCCAUGCUGUUGUCAUUUGUACUGAAUGGGACGUGUUUAAGGAAUUGGAUUAUGAACGUAUUCAUAAAAAAAUGUUGAAACCAGCCUUUAUCUUUGAUGGUCGACGUGUCCUAGAUGACCUUCACAGUGAAUUGCAAACCAUUGGCUUCCAGAUUGAAACAAUUGGCAAGAAGGUAUCUUCAAAGAGAAUUCCAUAUGCGCCUUCUUCUGAAAUUCCAAAGUUUAGUCUACAGGACCCGCCAAAUAAGAAGCCAAGAGUAUAAGCAUUAUCAGUUUUGUAUUUUAAGUAUAGAAGAAUCAUGAAUACUCAUUAUAUUAAAUAGCAACCAAUGACAUGUUUUUAAGGAAACAAAAGUUAUUUUUUUAGUGAAUUAAAUCAACUUUUUAAAAGCUACAUGGCUGGUAGCAUACCUAGUUAUCUUAAAUCUGGAAUCUAUUUUCUCUAUAUUUUUAUAAUAUUUUAUCAGUUGUCGAAUGAGCAAAUAGAAAAUAAUCAUGAUGAUUUUGAUGGUAUCAAUUUUUGUAAAAUUAAAGUUCAAAUAUCU